UAUUUUUUUUUUUUUGGUUAUUAAAUGUCACAUAGGAGAUGUUGUUCUCGGUUUUAAGAACUUUGUUCUUACAGGGUAGAUCUAAUGAAUUGUUACUUUUUGAAAAACUGCAACGGUGUGGUCAUACGCAUUACAGUACUCUUUCCUGCUUUUAGUUUAACUAUCUUAAUCACCAUAUCAUUAAUUUGUUUCCCCUUGAAGGACAAGAUCACACAUGGUAUAUGGAAUUUUAGCUACACUAGCAAAUAACAAUACUUUGUUUGAAUAAAACUUUGUAAAUUUGAGAGGAGGAAUAGGCCUAGUGAACAAGGCCAACUCGUUGGAAUGAUGGCACUAGGUGGUCAUUAACCUCACCAUUUCAUGGCGGCACGCGCAGCUGAAAGCUAGAAAAAGUCAAAUAGAUUCUAUCUCCAAUCACCAUGUUAUAAGGUCAGCAAUAAAUCACAGAAACUGUGCAAACUAUGUUAAUAGAAACCGUGAAUUGUUCAGAUUUAAACCGAUUUCAUUCAAGUUUCCAUAUAUUGACCUCGUAAGUCGUGAACAACCUUGACCAUUUAAUUUUAGCUCACAGUCAUGAAAUCUGCAUGCGUUCAUCAGCUGUAAAAUACAUUAAGAUUGUUUGGCUCACACGAAAGGACAUUUUCAGUAUAAACGUUACUGUGCAUUACACAACAUUAAACGGUUAAACGUUCUUCACUUCAGUGUUGAUUAACAGCGAAUGAACGUCAUGUUAUUGAGAGGACAGGUUGUGUAACAAACAAAAAAUGAAAUUAAGAAUUCUUUUUUUAAAGUGUAGGGAGACAACUGGAUAUGUUAGUCGUUUCCAAGGAAGCUGGUGUCAGUUAAGAGUAGCCUACAUGUCGUCAUUGAGACCAAAAGAAGUGGAAGUCAUUGAUUUGACAGCUGACUCUCCGCCCGAUUCUUCCUCAGCAUCUCAGGCAGACAACAAAGGUAGUCAUGUGGAAAACCCAGAUAGCAAACGACAGAGUAGUUGUGGAUUUGGUCAGAUACUGAAUGCAAAGGAAAAUUACCAAACUAAUAUGCCCAAACCACUUGGACCUUUGAAACAAAGUGGACAAAAAGUGAUAAAACAUUUCAAGCGGGUAAAUAAACCUGUGCAAACACUGGAGGAAGGGCCCAUUGCACCAGGAUGUAAACAGAAUAUAGAAACACAGCCAAAAACAGACGUGGAAAAUGCCCCUAAAAGAUCAAAGAGUAAUCCAUUAUUCGAACAAGGUUCCUCCAGAUUUGGGAAGAGAGAAUGGGAGUUAACUCCCUUUGGAAACGAAUACCAAUCAUCAAAGGACCGUGAAGGACUCCCCUUCUCCCUCAUGUGUUACAAUGUCCUCGCCCAGGAACUUUUACAUGACAACCAGUACCUUUACAGAGACCACUCAAGCCAAGUUCUGGAUUGGGAGUACCGCAAACAGAAACUGCUACAGGAAUUUGAUUACCACCAACCUGAUAUUAUAUGUUUACAAGAGGUUCAGCAAACGCAUUUAGAAGAGUUUUACAAACCACACCUUGAAGCAAUGGGGUAUGGUGGUGCCUUCCUUCAAAGAACAGGAGGAAAAGUGGAUGGCUGUGGAACAUUUUACAAGAAAGGCAAAUUUCGUAUGGAGGACGUCAGGCAAGUUCACUAUUACCAACAAGGCUCCAAACUUACAGAUCGUGACAAUGUAGGUCUCAUUCUAAAACUUGCACCGAUUAGUGGUGAGGAAGGAUUUUGUGUUGCAAAUACUCAUUUACUCUACAACCCAAAACGUGGGGAUAUCAAACUUCUACAGUUAGUGAAAUUGUUGGCCGAGUUGAAUCACAUGAUUCCAGAUUUCCACAGCGUGCCUGUUAUUUUGUGUGGUGAUUUCAAUGCUCGUCCUCACAGCUUCAUGUACAAAUUUAUUUCUCAAGGUUAUCUAAGAUACCAUGGAUUACCAUUAGAAGACAUUUCAGCUCAGCGGUAUGGAGGACAAAGAAAAUUAUUGGAUACUGGUCUGAUUCCCACAAAUUUGACCAUCUCAGAUCAGUGUCAAUAUCUGGAGCAUCAUCAAUUAGAACAACUCAGGAAAAGUCCAUUGUUGGGUGGACAGUUCUACAGCUACCAGAGCUCACCUUACCAUCAUUUUCACUUUCCUCAAAUCUCUCAGAACUCAGGGUUUCUGUGGCACAAGUUUCAUCUAGUUUCUACAUAUAAACAUUUUAUUGAAAGAACAGGAGAACCUGAAGUGACAACUCAGUCCAAUGCUUCAGACAGUUCCACAGUAGACUAUGUGUUCUAUUCAGUCCAAGGUAGAGAAAGCAAGUCUAGGAGGGGAAAUUUCAACAGUAGGAAUGUUACAGAAGGCAGGAUCAAAUUGUUGGGACGUUGGGGUUUACUGUCCAAGAAUGAGAUUAGUGCGGCUGGAAAUUUGCCAAAUUAUGAAAAUCCAUCAGAUCAUUUGCCAUUAAUGGUGAAAUUCCUCCUUACACGUUAGUCAUUAAUGUUGAUAUUCAAGCUGAUGGGAGGGAGCAUGUUUUGUGAAUUGAAAGCCUCAGUGAUUCAGAUGUCUGUGUUAGUUCACUCAGUAGCCUUCUUUCACAGUCAGCGAGAUAUUUAUUCUUUACAUCAUCUCAUUUACAGAUUUAAGAUGAAAAUAUUAAAAUAUAGUUUGAAUUUGAA